AAUGAGACAAGAAAGUAUUGAUGGAUAGACUUUCGGUCACUCCAUUAAAAAGUAAAGUAAUUACUUACUCCUUUAAACUGUUAUUUGGGAGUAAAAAGUAAAAGAUUGUGUAAUUACUUUAGUUUCGAAUGUCAAAUGUCCUUCAAAUUGAGGAUAUAAUUGCCUUUUUAUUGGACAAAAUGUCUGAAAAAAACUUGUCAAUUGAUCAACUUUGACCAUUACUAAAACUGACCACAUGCGUCUUUUUGUUAGACAAAUGUGAUUAGAAGUGGAGAUUUAGAAAAAAAAAAAAAACGUAAGUGCAAUAAAUUAUAUCUCUAGGGGAGGAAUGUAUAAUUUAUCCUAGAAAUUAAAAGCAAAGAAACUUGAGAUAUCAACGUUGACCGUUACUAAAACUGACCACAUGGGUCAUUUUUGUUAGACAAAUGUGAUUAGAAGUGGAGAUAAUGGUAAAAAUUUAAAAUUAGAAAAAAAAAGUAGGUGUAAUAAAUUAUAUCUAUAGGAGGAGGAAUGUGUAAUUUACCCUAGAAUUUUAAAGCAAAGAAACUUCGGAUACUCUUUAUUAGUACUACUUUUCACUCAGACACUACUUUUUCUUCUUAUCCAAACAAGAAAAUCCAUUUCCACCUUCUUCCCAUUCUCUUCUGAACUCCCAAAUACUAGUAUAUAAUAAGGAAGAAGUAGAUUAAUUUCCUCACAUUAAUCAUCUUUCUCUCUCUUACUUUUCUUUCUUGAGUUUCUUCAAAACCUCCCAUAAGCCCAUAAUGUGUUACCUCAGUAGAACACCCAACUCCAACCCCAAACCCAACCCCAAUCCCGAUCCCGAUCAUCCUCCCCAAAUCACUUUCUCUAACUCCAUCUUCUCUGUAUGCGAAGCCGACCUUUUCCAAGAAAUCUGCAUUAUCAAUGUCCCAAACACCUCCCAAACAAUCCAAACCAGAGACGACGACGACGACUCUGACGAACACCCAAACCCAUGUCAAACAACUGCUUGGGAAUGGUUUGCAUUUCACGAACCUCUGACCCAAUUAGAGGCCGUUGCUGUCCCUCGGUCCCCGUCGUCGACGACGACCCAGUUGUUCGGCAACAUGGAGGACCGGUACUUGUGUGCCAGAGUCGCCGCCGCGUGCCGCCCUUUGCGUUUACAUGCCUGAGGACAACUCGUGGCAUGAUUUUCCCAAGAUGCAGUGCGAGCACCGUAACCCAAUUGCUGCCGCCGCUGCGAUUGUUGAUAAAUUUCUCUAUCUUGCCGGAGGGUAUGAAGGCAAUUCAACUCAUGCUGAACCUUCUGCUUAUCUCAACUCGGCAGAGCGGUUUUAACCUCAGUACAGGGGAAUGGCAAGCAUUGCCAUCCAUGCAAAAAGCAAGGGCAUUUGCAACAGGUAUUGCUCACAAGGGCAAAUUUUACGUUUUUGGUGGCGCAACUCCUAAGCACUCAGCUGAAAUCUACGAUCCUCUCUCAAAUACAUGGCUGUCUAUAGACUCAUUUGUGCCAGAGGAGGCUGAUGGGUUUGCAGUGACAUCGACGUUUAUGAAUCUGGUAAUACUGACCUGGUCAGAUCGACUAGGCUUAAAACUGUGGCUGCGGGUUGAAAAGAGUAAUGAAGCUUUGGAGAAUGGUACGUGGACGAUUGUCAGUGACUUGCCAAACAAUGAAGAAGUUGACAGAUUGCGAUUCAGGCAUCAUGGGGCAAAAAUGGUGAAACUUGGGAACGAGGUGUGUGUUCUGAUGGGAGAGACUGAUUGUGUUUGGAGAGUGGGUGGACCAGUAGCGUGGCCAAUAUUUCCAUCUCCAAAUUUUUGCCCUGGCGGUGGGCAUGAAGUGGUGCAUGAUGGCGAGACCUAUGCCUUCUCCAUCCAGGCUGAUGGCACAAGAUUUGCCUAGUUGAAACGCGGCUUUGAUUUGCAUCAAGUUGAGUAGUUUUUUUGCAUGCAUAAUUCUUUGAUCCAAAGUUUAGUUUUUCGAAGUGUAAAGUUGAAUGAUUGAACUAUUUUGAUGGUUACACAUACAGAUGGGAUUACAAAACAGUAGUUGUAGCAAAAUGUAGAUUCUAUGCUAGCCGAUUCAGAGCAAGGGAAAAUGUCUCCUCUGUUUCGACUUUCAAUUUUUUUCCCCCUCUUUUUGGGGGCUAAGAGGGUGAAGCAAUUUUCUAUGUACAUACAAAAGAGAAGUAGUAAUUCUGAUUAUAAGAAGUUGUGUUGUGAUUUGGUUUAUAUUUUCUGAAUGUGAGUUUUUGCUUCUAG